CGCUUUUGCUAUCUUGUUGUUAGUGGGCAUAGCUUCUACAACAUCAGCAUUUAAUUAAACAAUGGCCCUACUUUAAACAGUUAUAAAGGAAUGGAUGCCAUUGAUGCAAUAUUUUGUUUAUUGAUUGAUUUAAUAAAAUCUAAUAAGAUGCUUAAUUUGCUGCUAAUUAAAAGAAUGAGUUAGAGCUCAGCAAUUUUAGUAUAUAUAAAAGAACAAUUGAAUAAUUUACAAUGAUUAAUCACUCUACUAAAAGUUAUUCUAAUAAUGAAUUGAAAACAGAGGUCAAUUUGGAUAAGAGUUAUAAUUCACUAAGAAUUAUCUUGCAUGGAAUGAAUAAAGAUAAGAGGAGAUCACAAGAAAGAUUGGUUAACUAGUUGUUUGUGAGAUUAAUUAAGCAAAAAAGAGAAGCACUUGAAAUUGAAGAGCACUUAAACAAGAUGUUGCUGGUUAUAUUCUAAAUGACGAUUCAUUUGAAUUAGUCAAAGAGAAAGCAACUAAUCAAUCUUGUCAAUAAAAAUGAAGUUAAAACUUUCUUGAAUUUGGUUUAAACCUAAUAAAAAGAAGGAGUAAGCAGAGGAGCUACAUUGGCUGAAAGGUGCCUUGCAUUUCUUGAAUCACUUGAAGCCAAUCUCAAAUGUUUAUGCUGGCAGUUUGGCUACUUAAAUCCAAGUAGCUUUGGAGUAAUAAGCAAAGUCAAAGAUCAUAUUAAAAGAAUUUCAAGAUGCCCUAGAACAAGCAUUAGCAGACUUAGAAUCCAAGAGAGCUAAUUAUGCUGAAGCCAAAGCUAAGAGAGAUGAAGAAAAUACCAUUUUGAAAUAGGUUAUCAUUAUUUGAAAGAAAUAAAUUACUUGAUGGCCUGAUAAAUGAUAAAUAUAACUAAACAUGUCGAUAAAAAAACACCAUUUUGGUUUAAA